GGCUGCAUGGCCACCGGAACGGCUUCGGGCGGCCACUGGCUGCCCAGGGGUUCCGCGGUCUUCACCACCUUCCCCGACCUGCUCUUCGUCUUCGAGUUUGUCUCUGGGGGGCUGGUGUGGAUCUUCAUCCUCUUGGCCCAGGUGCCUGUCCCCCUGGUCCAGGGCUGGGUCCUGUUCGUGUCUGUGUCCUGCUUCAUAGUCACCACUCUCCUGCUUUGCCUCUACAUUGUUGGUGCCCAUAAGAACUGGAGUUUCUGGAUCACCCUGGACACAGCCUACCAUUGCCUCGCCGCCCUGUUUUACUUCAGCGCUUCUGCCCUGGAAACUCUGGUCACUAUCGGCCUGCAAGACGACAUAUACCAACACUACAGUGAAAACAUCUCCGCUGUGGUGUUUUCAAUCAUAGUCACACUGCUGUACAUGGUCCAUGCCGUGUUUUCUUUAAUCAGAUGCAAGGUUUCCUACAGGAACAGAGAACAUUCCUGAAAACACAGACAAUGGUCACUAAUCAGGCUGCCUUCCAGCAUAACAUUUGAGGAUGCAGAAUUGCUCUUGAUGGUGGAAAAAGAAAACAAAAAGCGACAUUCUCUGUGGGUGCUAUGUUGACUGUUCAUGUACCUUCAUGUCAGGGUAAAGGGCUUGUUAGCCUCCAAGAGUUGAGAAGUCUUUCUAGGGUCAUUUCCUAUUGAAGGGGGUGGUGGAGUGGGAAGUGGGGACUGUGAUCUGAAAGACCACAAAACAAGGAUCCCCCACUGGUCCCUGGACUGAGUCUUUGUUGCUGUCGAUUGCUAUUGUCCAUGGGCCCUUUUGAGUAUCAAUCUUGCAGCAUGUUUCUAGGUCUUCAUGGAUACCUUACAUCUUCAAGGAUAUUCUAGUUGUCAUAGAGAAUAAAACGCUCCCAGCAAAUAUUUAUAGAUGUGCAGGAUGAAACAUGAUAAACUCUUCAAAAAUUUAUAAAGUGCCUUCAUGGUCAAUCCUC